AUGCCAUUUGGUUUGGUCUCGGCUUGGAACAAGCGGAGACGAAGCAAAUCUCAAGAUCAUUCAGACCCAUGGAUUUAUAAACCUGCAGAGUUUUGGCAACUUGAAGAUCAAACAUCACAAUCUACUAAUAGGAUGCAUGGAUCAUCUGUUUUCACACUCAAAGAGAUGGAAGAUGCAACUUGUUCAUUCAGCGAAGAUAAUCUUGUUGGAAAAGGAGGAUUCGGUAGAGUCUAUAGGGGCAUUUUGAAGUCAGGAGAGGUUGUAGCUAUCAAGAAAAUGGAAUUGGCAGCAAUUAAAGCGGCUGAGGGAGAGCGCGAAUUUCGCGUAGAAGUGGACAUAUUGAGUCUACUAGACCACACAAAUCUUGUUUCUUUGAUAGGUUAUUGUGCUGAUGGAAAGCAUAGAUUCUUAGUUUAUGAAUAUAUGCAUAAUGGAAACCUGCAAGAUCAUUUGAAUGGAAUGAGGGAAAGAAAAAUGGAUUGGCCUCAAAGAUUAAGAGUGGCAUUAGGAGCUGCAAAUGGCCUUGCUUAUCUCCACUCAAGUUCUUGUGUUGGAAUUCCUAUUGUACAUAGAGAUUUCAAAUCCACCAAUAUUCUUUUAGAUGCUAAUUUUGAAGCAAAGAUAUCGGAUUUUGGAUUUGCAAAGCUAAUGCCAGAAGAACAUGAAAUACACGAAACUACCAAAGUACUUGGUACAUUUGGCUAUUUUGACCCGGAGUAUACAUCGACUGGAAAACUGACUCUACAAAGUGAUGUUUAUGCUUUUGGUGUGGUUCUUCUAGAGCUUUUGACAGGUCGUCGAGCUAUAGAUCUAAAUCAAGGUCCAAAUGAUCAAAACCUUGUACUGCAAGUAAGGCACUUACUGAAUGACCGCAAGAUGCUCUGUAAGGUGAUUGAUCCAGAGAUGGCUCGAAAUUCUUAUACCAUUGAAUCGAUAUUCAUGUUUGCGAAUCUCGCAUCACAAUGUGUUCGUCCUGAGAGUCAUGUGAGACCUUCAAUGAUAGAUUGUGUCAAACAAAUUCAAAUGAUUAUCUAUACAAAUGCAAAAGGGUUGGGAAUGGUUAUGCAUAGUCUGAGAAUGCUCUAG